UAUAUUCUUCACUCAUAUGAUUAAACAUAAAUAAAGUGAAACCCCAAUUCAAAAUUUUUCCUAUAAAUACUCUAGAAGUCAUACAAUAAUAUCAUCGAUCCAAAGAGAUGAGAGGAGAAACUUCAAAAAAGUUAGCCCUUUCUUUCAUUCUCUUCCCCAUUUUGAUCAUUAUUGCAUUAUCAUCUCAAUCUACCUUGGCAUCCAAGAAACUACCACUCAAUGAAAAAUCACCCUGCAAGAGAUUUGUGCUCUACUACCAUGACACCCUCUUCAACGGCACAGAUGCAGCCAAUGCCACAUCUGCAACGGUAGCUAACAAAACUCGUCUAGGUGAUUUCAAUUUCGGGAUGUUAGUGGUUUUCGAUGAUCCAAUGACUAAAGAUAAUCACUUGCUUUCUCCCCCAGUUGGUAGAGCACAAGGGUUUUUCUUCUAUGACAAGAAAAAUGAGUACAAUGCUUGGUUUGCUUUCACUUUGGUGUUCAACUCAAGUGAGUACAAAGGUACUUUGAACAUUAUGGGAGCAGAUUUGAUGCCCCAAAAGACUAGAGAUCUCUCAGUGGUUGGUGGCACUGGAGAUUUCUUCAUGGCUAGAGGAAUUGUUACUAUAGAGACUGAUACUUUGCAGGGUGAUUUCUACUUUCGUCUCAAGAUGGAUAUCAAGUUAUAUGAAUGCUAUUAAUUAAUAUUAGUCUAGCUAAGCUAAUAGUACUAAGAAUAAUUUCAAUUUGCUGGUAUUUUUUAGAGUACUAGUAUAUGUGUUCAUGUGUGCUUUGUAUUUUAAUGUUAUUGUGCUCAAAUUCUGCUAAGAGAUUGUAAUUGUAAAAUUAUAUAUAUGCAUGGGUGCACUAUAUGGUUGUGUUCAUGUGCUUUGUAUUUUAAUGUUAUUGUGCUUUGUAUUUGGCACGUAUGAGUAUUAAUAUUAGAAAAUUUGAGAAA